UUCUAAAACGUUUACCAAAUCUAUAAAUCACUAUUAAAUGUAAUAUAUUAUUUAAUGUUAUAUUUGAUUAGAUUUAUUUUAGUGAAAAUGAAUAAUUUAUUACCAUAUUCUAAAAUAUUUACCAAAAAUAUAAAUCAGCAUUAAAUGUAAUAUAUUAUUUAAUAUUAUAUUUGAAAAGAUUUACUUUAAUGAGAUGAAUAAAUUACUACCUUAUUUUAAAAUUUAAUAUUUACUUUAAUGGGAUGAAUAAAUUACUAUCUUAUUUUAAAAUUUUUUACCAAAAAUAUAAGUCAACAUUAAAAGAAAAGUGAUUGUAGAGAUUACUUAUGUGAAAUCAAUUUGCAAACAAUACAGAGGGGAUAUGGUCAUAUGGUUUUCCUAUUUAAUCAUGAGUGUACACGACUUUCGAGCAAUCAUCUAAUAUUAUUGUAUUUGAAAUAAUAAAAUAUUCUGAAAGGAAAAGUACACAUCGAAAUGAUGAAUCGCCUUUUGUGUUUUCAGCUUGUCGUUACAUUGUGCUUUGGGUUGAGUUGCGCCAAGUUCUACGAGAAAGACUCCGUACAUUUUAAUAACUCUCUUAAUCCAAACAACAUUCUCAAAGUUCAUUGUAUAUCGGACCAAGAUGACUUUGGCGACCACUUUUUAAGCCCGGGACAAACUUAUGAUUUUAGCUUUUAUGAAAGUAUUACGAAAACAAAGGUCGAUUGUGACUUAUGGCAGGGACCUGAUUUCAGGUUUCAUGCAAAGUUCAGGGCAUAUAAAGGUGGUGGAUUCAUCGUUCAUUAUGGCAAGAAAAACUUUUGGGAUGCUAGAGAAAAUGGGAUUUACUUCACACAUGGUAAAGAGUUACCCAAGUUGGAGUAUAAGUGGUCAAUUCAGUAUUUAAUUACUCCAAUGAACUGACAUCUAGAUCCUCUUUGUUUAAGCUGAAAACAAAUAUCUUAUAUCCUAUGAAUAAAAAGUUGCAACAACAUUUAUCA